AUGCCAGUCUCCAGGGCGCAGGAGCAGGCCUUGAAGGAGCUGAAGCUCAAUGGCAAGUACUUCACGUCGCUGCUGCUGCCCAUGGCAGAGGCGGGCCACCGACAGAAGCGAAAAGACCUGAAAAGACGCUACUCAGCAAGAGAUAGCUGGAUGUAA